CUUGCCAGCUCAACGUCAUCCCUCCUUCCUACUUCAGUCCUCGCUCCCUCGACGCCAGCGAGCCAUUGAGCCCUGGCACCGCCCGGCGCCACUCCUUCAACCAUGGCUCGACUGACACCCGGUGGUCUGCGCACCCCCUUGACGGCCAUGCGCCUCUCCAGGCCAGCUCCCCGACCUCGAUUUGCAUUUGCGCUACACCAGGCCGCACUCCGCUCUGCGUCAACCUCCCCCUCGUCCUCGACCGCUUCCUCUUCGAGCUCCCAGCAGCAGCGCGAGGGCCCCAAAGAGCCACCCAGGCGCUCUGCCAUCGGUUUUGGCACAGUCGCCCUGUCCACCUCGCUCCUGGCCUCCGCCUACCUCCUCUACCUUUACGCGACCGACACGCGCGCCUCGUACCAACAAUGGCUCGUCCCACCCCUCCUGCGACUCGUCUACCCCGACGCCGAGGAAGCACACCACGUCGGCACCAAAGCCCUGAAGCUCCUCUACGAGCUGGGCCUGCACCCGCGCGAGCGGCCCACCCGGGCCCCGGGUAUCGUCCCCGAGCCCAGCGACCUCGCCACCCAGGUCUUUGGCGUCAACCUCGCGAACCCGAUCGGCAUCUCCGCAGGCCUGGACAAGGACGCCGACAUCCCCGACAUCCUGUUCGAGCUCGGCGCUGGCGUCGUCGAGGUCGGCGGCUGCACCCCAAAGCCGCAGGAGGGGAACCCCAAGCCCCGCGUGUGGAGGGUGCCCACCGUCGAGGGCAUGGUCAAUCGCUAUGGCCUGAACAGCCGCGGCGCCGAUGCUAUGGCCGCGAGGCUGCGAGACCGUGUGCGCAAGUUUGCCAGGUCCCUGGGCCUGACCGAGCGGCAGGUCCUCGACGGGGAGGGCACAGACGUCCCCCCGGGCGGCUUGCUCCCCGGGCGGCUCCUCUGCGUGCAGGUCGCGAAGCAGAAGGACACGGACGAGCGCGACGUUGACGCCGUGGCGAGGGACUAUGUCUACUGUGUGAACCGGGUGGCCCCCUACGCGGAUAUCCUGGUCGUCAAUGUUUCCAGCCCCAACACCCCCGGGCUAAGGGACCUGCAGGCUGCGGAGCCCCUGGGGAGGAUACUGAGCGCCGUCGUCCAGGAGGCAAGGAAGACGAACCGUAAGACAAAGCCCAAGGUCAUGGUCAAGGUCUCCCCAGACGAGGACGAGAGCGCGCAAAUGGCCGGCAUUGUGCAGGCUGUGUACAUGAGCGACGUGGACGGCGUGAUUGUGGGAAACACCACCAAGCGGAGGUCUGGUCUUGUCCCAGAGGGCGUCAGGCUCAACUCCAGGGAGCAACAGGCGCUCACCGAGACUGGCGGGUUCUCCGGCCCGUCCAUGUUUGAGCGCACGCUGGACCUGGUCGGAAGGUAUCGUAAGAUGCUGGAUGCGCAGUCACUAAAGGCCGAUGAGGAGCAGGACGGUUCUACGGCCGCCCAGGCCCUUGAGAGCACUGUGUCUAGCAAAGCACAGGACUCGAAACAGGCUCCGCGGAAGGUCAUCUUUGCCACCGGCGGCAUCAAGAACGGCGAGCAGGCACUCAGGGUCUUGAACGCGGGUGCCAGCGUGGCUAUGAUUUACACCAGCAUGGUCUACGGCGGGGCUGGUACGGUGACGCGGAUCAAGGGAGAGAUGAGGUCGUCUUUAACCGAAGGAAAGGCUUGAACGGGUCCCUGCAAUACUUUGGGAAGCGGUGAAUAGACAAAAUGACGUUCUCAGAGGUAUAUACACAGCGUUUGAGUUAGAUAUCCAACUUCAAACUGAAUCUUGUGAUACAGCAGUUUGUAUAUAACCUUGACAAGACCGUGUUGAUUCCAGUCGGGUGUCAUAUGGUACGAGGUGUCUGUAUGUGACCAUUUUCCUAUGUAGCUAGGUAAGUAGUGAGCCGCUAUGUUGUGUCGUUAUGCAGUGUUUUAUAAAGAUAUGAAGAUAUUUACAGAGUGGUGGUUGAAUAUAAGAGUG